GUUGAUUUUGACUGACCGACUGCAUGUCCAGACUUGUUCACGAACAACGGCUUAUUCGUACUCAUUUCCUGCGUAGAUGCUCUGAGCGGAAGCUCGAGCUUAAGGCAGCGAGAAUCCCUGUCAGAGCGUCCGGGUGAAGCGAGAAUAGGUGAGCACCUGAUUUGCCGACGGGUCAGCCAGCGACUCAGCGGUCCCAACGCUCGCCCCAAACCUCCCGUCCGGGGACAACAUUUGCUCGGUCCACGACAUCAACAUAUACCCCUCGGAACUCUGCUCGACUAGUCUGUUGUCACACUUGGUGCCUGGACGAUCUCUGCGUGCAGAAGAUGAAGCAGAGCUCCGGUGCGCAACCGUCGGCAGCCGGAGACCUAGAGGGUCAGGUCGACCCCAUAGAUGUUCAAAGGUCGGAGAAGGGCCCGGGCCUGACACAGAAUCCAACGCCUCUAUCACAAUCCCCAUCCGCGACUUUACGGCUGAACGACACAAAUACGCUGAACGAUCCUCCACGAUGGAUGCGACGCAUGUGGAUCGGGUCGGGAAUGAUUCGCGAUGUCCGUGCUAGAGCACCGUACUACAUCAGUGAUUGGACGGACGCCUGGAACUAUCGUGUCAUCCCUGCUAUCGUCCUCAUAUUCUUUGCCAAUGUCUUGCCAGGCAUUGCGUUUUCGCUGGAUCUCAUAGAAACGACAAAUCAAUACGGAGUCUCAGAGGUUCUGCUAUCCUCCUUCAUGGCCGCCUUCAUAUUCUCCGUGUUCGGCGCUCAGCCACUAUGCAUAGCAGGCGUAACGGGACCUAUCACAGUGCUCAACAAGACGAUCUACAAUAUUAUCGAGCGACAACCUGACGCACCCGACUAUCUGCAGUUCGUCGGAUGGGUCUACCUGUGGGGCGCCAUAUUGCACUGGAUCACAGCUGCCUUGAAUUGUUGCAAUUUUCUGCGUUAUGUCACCCUCUUCCCUUGCGAUACCUUCGGGUUCUACGUCUCAUGGGUCUACCUGCAGUACGGCGUGCAGGUCAUCACGAGGGAAUUCCCUGCGGGGUCCGCCUCGCCAUCGGACUCGUCUACACUCGACGGUGCCUUCGUCGGCGUCAUACUGGCUCUACUAAUGCUUGUGAUGUCGUUCCUCUUCCGGUCACUGUCGCAGUCUGCGUACUUCCAUCGACAUGUCCGCCGCUUCCUCGCCGAUUAUGGAAUGCCAAUAUCACUGGUUGCUGCGUCGGCAAUGGCGUAUUGGGGACGGUUUAAUGCUGCAAAUCCAAGCACUCUUCCAACCAGCAAAGCCUUCCAGCCUGCCAACAGCAGAGAGUGGCUCGUGCGGUUCUGGCAAUUGGACGGCAAGUGGGUGGGUAUUGCCUUCCCGUUUGGCUUCGUCCUCUGGGUCCUGUUCUUCUUUGACCAUAACGUUUCGUCUCUCAUGGCCCAGGGGACUGCGUUUCCACUACGUAAGCCUCCGGGGUUCCAUUACGACUUCUUCCUCCUCGGUGUCACGACGUUCAUCGCGGGCCUACUCGGGUUGCCAGCUCCCAAUGGGCUCAUCCCGCAAGCACCAAUCCAUACUACGUCCUUGCUCAUCAUGGGAUACCCCAAGAGAAAGGAUGCCGAAGAGCAAGACGAUGGCAGGGGUUCAAUGAAGCGGACACAAGAGAAGCGUCAACUAGUCGACCAAAAUGAAGCUAUACUACAACCCAUACGCACGCGCCACUCAUUUCUGGAGCCGGAGUUGGCGCCCGACCCUACGCAAGUCCGUGACGGCGAGGGUGACGCGCGCAGGCAAGAGGUACCUGUCGCUGUGGUCGAGCAGCGCGUCUCCAACCUCGCCCAAGGCGCGCUGUGCCUUGUACUACUGACGCGUCCAUUCUUGCAUGUUCUGCAUCUGAUCCCGCGUGGCGUCUUGGCGGGUCUUUUUUGGUACAUGGGCCUGGAUGCGCUGCAAGGCAAUGGGAUUACGCAGCGCCUCCUGUACUUUUUCCGCGACAAGGCUCUCACUCCUGCAGACGAGCCCCUGCGCAAGGUUCGCAGGUCGCGCAUCCUGCUAUUCGUCGCUGUGCAGCUGGCAGGUUUUGGUGCGACGUUCGCCGUUACACAGACCAUCGCGGCAAUUGGAUUUCCUGUCAUCAUCCUUCUAUUAAUCCCAUUGCGCACAUUGGUUGUUCCUCGUCUUCCUUUCACCGAAGAGGAGCUGGCAAUCUUGGACGGGCCCACGGCGUCACCAUUUACCAUGGCCUCUGUGGGAGGUGUGAGAUGAUAACCGACGAGUGUAAAGCUACAAGCUACUGGAAUGAAUGCAUCAUUCGUUUGGCAUUUUGUCAUCUGAGCGCCCAGUAUGACGUCGAUGAGCUGAACUUCAAUCCACCUCGAGUACAC